AUGGCCGUGCCAAAGACUGUACUGCACCUAACUGUGCUGCUCUUCUGCACAGCUGUUGUCAGCGCUGACAAGUUGGACGAUCUGCUGGUGAAGCACCAGUCGUACUGUGGCACUAACAUUCACCGUGAGGCUGACAGCUCAAACAGCAGCAGCAACAGCAGCAUCAGCAACAACAGCAGUUCAUCCAACGACACCGGAUCGUACCGGAUCGUAGGUGGAACUUCGGCCGACAGGUUUGAGUUUCCCUGGCAGGUAUCACUGCGACGGUGGAGUCCCAAGGCACAAAGGUGGUUCCACACCUGCGGCGGCGCUCUCAUCGACAACUCCUUCAUUCUCACGGCGGCCCACUGCACACUGGGAGCAAAUGCAACGGCGGACCAGUUUAUGGUGAGACUAGGCGAGUACGACUACAGCAAACGAGAGGGCGAUGAGAUCGAUGUCAAUGUCUCUAGGAUUCUCUCCCACACUGGUUUCAACCUCAGCACCAUAGACCACGAUAUAAACCUAAUCAAGCUGGCGCAGCCUCUUCAACUGAACACCACCAGCAAACUGGUGCCCAUUUGCGUUGGCAAGCAGCCGGCAGAAAAGAGCAGAGAAACCGAGGAGAGAGGCUGCUACUCAACAGGCUGGGGAAGGCUGAAGUUUGAGGGAGAAUUCCCGAAGAUUCUCCAGAAGGUUCCCGUCAAAUGGGUGGAGCAGGAAACCUGUCAGAAGGCAUAUGAAGAGCACGUCAAUGUCACUGCGGGGAUGAUUUGCAAUGGUCAGCUCAAUGCUGGCACCUGUUCAG